AUGCUCUACCACGGAAAGACUGGUCGAGUCUUUAACGUUACUAAGAGAUCUGUGGGCGUUUUGUCAACGAAACGGAUCAAUGUGAGGAUAGAGCAUGUGAAGCAUUCUCGAUGUCGGGAGGAUUUCCUGAAGAGAGUCAAGGCCAAUGAACUGAAGAGGAAGCAGGCGAAGGAGAGGGGAGAGAAGGUGGUGUGUAAACGACUGCCAGAGGAGCCACGGCUGGGACACUUUGUGAGGACGGGAGGCAAGGAGCCGGAGCUGGUGGAGCCCAUUCCUUAUGAAUUUGUGGCAUGA